CCUGGGACCAUAGUAGAUACCGAACUCGACUGCGAUAAUUUUACGUUACGAUAUCAGUACUCAUUUGCGUCGACAUAAUGAGCUGCAAAAGUGUCACGUUCCUUUUGGUCGUUCUCUGUUGCUUGUCCACGAUAUAUUAUGUAUCGGGUGAAAUAGGUCCAGAAUGUCUCCUACCAUUGGAAAGUGGUCCAUGCAAGGCUAUGAUACCAAGGUACGGAUACAAUCCAGCCACGAAUCAAUGCGAAGAAUUUAUUUAUGGAGGUUGUCGAGGGAACACGAAUAACUUCAGAAGCAUGGACUUGUGCCUGGAGAGCUGUUCAUAAACACCAACAGUGCGUUAUGCGAUCAAAGUAUAUUGUUUAAAGUAGAUUAAAUCGUACACACGAUACCGUUGUAAACAUGCAUACCUGACUCAAAGAAUUGCAUGCUUCCUCAUCCAGCUCUCUGUUAAAUCGAGUAGGGCUGUAUAAUUGUAUUAAAAUCACAAA